ACCAUGGCGCGCCCCUCCCCCGCCCUGCGCAGCCUGGGGCCGGGCCCUGUCCUGGUGCUGGUCAUUGUCACCUCGGCCACCCACGGGCUGAUCCGGGGGGCUCUCCCGUUCGGGCUGGCACGCCGGGAGCUGGCGUGUGAGGGGUACCCGCUGGAGCUGCGCUGCCCUGGCAGCGACGUUGUCCUGGUGGCCGACGCCAACUACGGCCGGACCGAUGACAAAAUCUGCGAUGCUGACCCCGGGCAGAUGGCGAAUGUGCAGUGCUACCUGCCCCAGGCACACCCCAUCAUGGCCCAGAGGUGCAAUAAUCGCACUCAGUGCGUGGUGGUCGCCGGCUCUGAUGCCUUCCCCGACCCCUGCCCGGGCACCUACAAAUACCUGGAGGUGCAGUACGACUGCGUGCCCUACAGUGAGUGCUGCCCCACAGCCCCUGUCCUGCCCCACAGCCCUGCCCCACAGCACCCCAGAGCCACGACCCCCUGUCCCAGCACCUAGAAAUACUUGGAGGUGCUGCACAACUGUGGGCCCUACAGUGGGUGACCCAUAGAUCCUGCCUCACAGCUCUGUCCCAUAGCCCUGACCCACAGCUCUGCUCCAUAACUCCCAUUCUGUCCCACAGCUGUGCCCACAGCUCUGCCCUAUAGACCUGCCCCACAGUGACACCCCCCAGCCCCACAGCACCCAGAGGUGCAAAUGGGGAGUCCCACCAAACAGCACCCAUGGAACCCCACAGGGACCACACAGUGCCCCCCAUGUCCUGCCCCACAGCACCCAAGGGGGACCCCACGGGGACCCUGCAGUCCUCCAGGACCCCAAAUUCUGGGGGCACCAAGGCACGUUUGGGAGGGAGUGGGAUGGGAUUGGGAGGGGGUCUCAGAGAGCCCCCAGGUGUCAGGGGGGAUCUGUGCCCCCCGGAGUCCCCCUGUGUUGUGUUUGUCCCCCCUAGGCCAGGGUGUGACCCCGCUGUACCCAGUUCUGGACCCCCCCUGUGUCUGUCCCUCUGCGGGCGCUGUGAUCCCCAACCCCCCUGGGCUGCCCCCGUUGGGGGGCUCUCUCUGACCUGGGGGUCCCGGGGGGGUUGGGGUGACCCCGUCUCUCCCCAGGCACCGUCGCGGGACCCCCCAAACCCCCCGGCCCCUCCCCCAGCUUUACUUUGCAGCCGCUGCCGGAGUCACCCAAGGGAAUGGCCAGGACUGGGCCGGACAGGGCUGGACACGGCACUGGCCUCGGGACACGCCACGGGCACAGGAACACUUCAGGAACACAUGAAAACCACACCAAACACAUGGCCAAAAAUAUGGCCAAAACCAUGCCCAAAACACACCAAAACCACAGAAAGAACACAGCAAAACCACACCUGGUGCCAGCUCAUGGGGGCUGAGAGAGCCAAGCCCACACCUGUCCAUGCUCAACACACAUCUGGGGCAGGUAAACCCACCUGGAAACAUUAAGGGCGUGUUAAAGUAUACGAUGAACACCUGAGCACGCGAUGUGCACACUAAAUGCAUACCUGGCACGGGUUAAACACACCUAGGCAUGCUCUGGACAUGCCCAGCACACACCUGCACAUGCCAAGGACACACCUGGCAGUGGUCAAAGACCCCUGAACAUGCUGAGGGUGUGCCAAGGACACAAUAAACACCUGGACACACCUGUGCAUAUUAAGCACAUGCUAAGCACCUGAGAACCCUCUGAACAUACUUGGGUGUGCAAAGGACAAGCUAAGUGCACACCCUGCAUUUUCAACGCACACCUGGUGUACAGGAGGGCACAGGUUAAACUCACCUGGGCAGGCUCAGGACAUGUCGCCAAGCACACACCUGUCCAUGCUAAAGCCACACCUGGAGAGCAGUGUGGUGUGGGCUGAGCACACCAACCCACACCUGGCGUGUGAGCAAAGUGUGUCAGACACACCUGGACUUGUGCAGGACACACCUGGACACCCCUGAGACACACCAAACACACCCAGGGCACACUCCGGGGAUGCUCAGGGCACACCAAGCACACGCAGCACCCCCAGCCCACGCGGGUCCCUGCCAGUGCCGUGGGGGGGUGGGGGAGG